CGUACAUAACAGAUUAUGUAUGUAUAUAUAUUGUAGAGGACCCAUUUGGUUUUCUUUUUCCUCCCUGCCACUCUUAAAAAAGAGUGUGGGUCUUGCCUUCUCAACCAAACUCAUUCAAUUCUCUUCAUUGAAUGCUUGAAGUAAACACCGCUUUCUCUUUGCUGCAGAAUUAGGUGCAGAUCGUAGAGAAGAGAAAAGGAGAGAGAGAGAGAGAGAGAUUAGGUUUAUUUGCCAUACAGAGGAGGGAAAGGAAAACUAUAUGUAUAUACCAGAGGCCAUUGCUGUUCUUGGCUUUUUAAAAGUUUCAACGACCUCUCUCAUGCAGCAUUAAUGGAGGCGCAUAUGAUUAUUGGGAAAAUCAGAAAAAUAGAAAAAAGAAACAGAGAGGUUCCAUUCAUGCCCAGUCUGGCUAGCUAACUCUACCCUUAUUAACUCCUUCUCAUUAUCAUUUCACCUAUCAAUUUACCCACUUCACUUUAACACUUUAGUACUACAUAGCUUAAUACACAUCUACAUCACCUUCUCAUCUCUAGUUCUUCCUCUUUCUCUUUCUCUCUAUGUGUAUAUAUAUACUCUGUCUUUCUUCUAUCACUCACUUCAUUUCAUUCCCCACAAUGUAUAUGCUUUUUAGCUAAAACCCAUUCUUCACCUCUCGUUUUUCCUCUGCAAAAACCACAACUUUUAGCUCACCUUCUUGCCCAAGUUGCCAUUUUUUCCAAAGGGUAAUCUGUAUUUUCUAUUUUACCUCCUAGAGCAAACAUUUUCCUGGAAAAAAAAAAAGACUAAAUCAGCAUCAUGGAGAUAUCAACUGCUUUGUUGCUUUUAGCAGCAGUCACAGCUUACCUACUAUGGUUCACAUUCAUCUCCCGGUCCCUAAGGGGUCCACGUGUCUGGCCCUUACUCGGCAGUCUUCCGGGCUUGAUCGAGAACUGUGAUCGCAUGCACGACUGGAUCUGCGAUAAUCUCCGCGCCUGCGGUGGCACCUACCAGACCUGUAUCUGCGCUAUUCCAUUCUUGGCCAGGAAGCAAGGUCUCGUGACUGUCACGUGUGACCCGAGGAACGUGGAGCAUAUUCUCAAGGUCCGAUUCGAUAAUUACCCGAAGGGCCCGACUUGGCAGGGCGUCUUCCAUGACCUGCUCGGCCAGGGGAUAUUCAACUCCGACGGCGAUACAUGGCGUUUCCAGCGGAAAACUGCUGCACUUGAGUUCACCACCAGGACUCUGCGCCAAGCCAUGGCUCGAUGGGUGAGCCGAGCAAUCAAGCUGAGGUUCUGCCCCAUUUUGGAAACGGCUCAGCGUAAAGCCGAGCCGGUGGAUCUGCAGGACUUGCUGCUUCGUCUCACAUUUGAUAAUAUAUGCGGCUUGGCUUUCGGUAAAGACCCACAAACCUGCGCGCCGGGGUUACCGGAAAACGGAUUUGCAACGGCUUUUGACCGCGCCACCGAAGCUUCCCUCCAGCGAUUUAUUCUACCCGAAGUGUUAUGGAAGAUCAAAAAAUGGCUUGGCCUUGGAAUGGAAGUUAGCCUGAGCCGAAGCCUGGCUCACAUCGACGAGUACUUGUCUGACGUCAUCAGUACGCGUAAGGAAGAGCUGCUGAGUCAGCAGAAAGACGGGAACCCCCACGACGAUCUCCUCUCAAGGUUCAUGAAGAAAAAGAAGGAAUACUCCGAUUCCUUUUUGCAACAUGUGGCACUCAACUUUAUCCUAGCUGGACGUGACACGUCAUCCGUGGCACUUAGCUGGUUCUUCUGGCUAAUCACUCAGCAUCCAAGGGUGGACAACAAAAUUCUACACGAGAUAUGCGCGGUCCUGAUUGAGACACGUGGCAGAGACACGUCAGCGUGGGUGGAUGAGCCGUUAGGAUUUGAGGAAAUUGACCGUUUGGUUUACCUGAAGGCGGCAUUAUCGGAGACACUGAGGCUGUAUCCGUCGGUGCCACAGGACUCGAAGCACGUUGUUAAAGACGACGUGUUGCCGGACGGAACAUUUGUGCCGGCGGGCUCGUCAAUAACUUACUCGAUAUACGCGACGGGGAGGAUGAGGUCGACUUGGGGAGAUGAUUACCUGGAGUUCCGUCCAGAGAGGUGGCUGUCAUCGGACGGCGGGAAGUUCAUCAAUCACGAUCAGUACAGGUUCGUAGCGUUCAAUGCGGGCCCUAGGAUAUGUUUGGGGAAGGACUUGGCGUAUCUGCAAAUGAAGUCGGUGGCAGCGGCGGUGCUGCUGAGGCACAGGCUGACGUUGGCGCCGGGUUACAGAGUGGAGCAGAAGAUGUCGUUGACUCUUUUCAUGAAAUACGGGCUUAUGGUCAAUGUGGAGAAGAGAGAUCUUGAG